UACAGAUUGUCCUCUAAUCACCUGACAGACAGUUCCUGCCCCCACCUUGCAUCUGGAAUAAGAAAUAACCCGACACUGAGGACACUGAACCUGUCUAGGAACAAUCUGGAGGGUCCUCAUUUCAGGGAUCUGAUGGCGGCUCUGACAACAAGCCGGAUAGAGGAAUUACAAUUGGAUGAUAAUGACCUGACAGACAUUUCCUGCCCCCACCUGGCAUCUGGAAUAAGAGAUAACCCGACACUGAGGACGCUGAACCUGUCUGAUAACAAUCUGGAGGGUCCUCAUUUCAGGGAUCUGAUGGCGGCUCUGACAACAAGCCGGAUAGAGGAAUUACAUUUGGAUGGUAAUCACCUGACAGACAGUUCCUGCCCCCACCUGGCAUCUGGAAUAAGAAAUAAUCCGACACUGAGGACACUGGACCUGUCCGGGAACAAUCUGGAGGGUCCUCAUUUCAGGGAUCUGAUGGCGGCUCUGACAACAAGCCGGAUAGAGGAAUUACAUCUGGAUAAUAAUCAGCUGACACACAGAUCCUGCCCCCACCUGGCAUCUGGAAUAAGAAAUAACCCAACACUGAGGACACUGAACCUGUCUGGGAACAUGCUGGAGGGUCCUCAUUUCAGGGAUCUGACGGCAGUUCUGACAACAAGCCAGAUAGACGAAUUACAAUUGGAUGAUAAUCACCUGACAGACAGUUCCUGCCCCCAUUACAGUGAGUAUAACAGGACUGACUGAGACAAUCA